AAACAAUCACAGACUUUAGAUCCACCUCUAACCCUACCUUACCCUCUCCUCUCUCUCCCCAACACUCCCUCCGCCGCCGCCGGCCGCCUGCGCUGCCCCGCCGCUGCGCCGCCUGCUCCGCCGCGCGCCGCCCCUUCCAAUUCAGCAGUCCGUAACAAAAUCAUGCAGGGAGCUGCCAACCUGGUAGCAACAGAGUCAAACAAAAACUGCGGGCAGAUUGCAUCGGAGCAACAAACAAACCGCCGUGAGACAGAUCGAAGCCGCCGCGACCAGCACAUCACCAUGGCCACAACAGACGGCGGGACGCCGGACCGCAUCAGCGGCCUCUCCGACGACCUCCUCCGCAGCAUCCUGCUCCGCCUCGGCUCCACCCCCGAAGCCGCGCGCACCAGCGUCCUCGCCCGCCGCUGGCGCCGCGUCUGGGCCACCCUCCCGGAGCUCACCUUCUGCUACGGCAACGAGUCGCCGUGGUCGUCGGAGCCGGUGUGCCGCCGCAUCGACAAGGCUCUGGUCGCCUGCUCCGCGCCGGCCAUCGACCGCGCGCCUGGACCCACUUCCCCAUGGACCGCGUCGCUCGGUGGCUGCGCUUCGCGUCGCGGCGCCUCACGGGCGAGCUCCGCCUCUCGAUGCCCCCCCACGACUACCAGGACGGGAGAGCAAUGGUGCUUCCGCCGUGCGCGAGGGCCACCUGCAUCCGCCUCGACCUCUGCCGCAACACCCUGCGCUUCGGGCCGGCCUCCGGCGGGGCGUUCACGGCGCUGUCCACCCUGAGGAUAGAGCGCGGCCACAUGGACUGCCGUGAGCUGGAAGACGUGGUGUCCUCUCGCUGCCCAGGCUUGAAGGAGCUCACCCUGGGCUACGUCUCCCUACAAGGAGAUCCGGGCGUCUGCAUACGGUCCGACUCGCUGGAGUACUUGGAGAUCUUCGGUGAGCUGAAAGUCCGUGACCAUGGUCGGCUCGAGGUCGCCGCCCCAAAGCUCCGAGCGUUGACCAUAAGGGGCAGCUUGCCCGAGGAUACUCGCAUCUCUGCGCCAAUGCUCUCCGAGGUGUGCUGGACCUACGACGACUACGACCCGAGCUGCCACCAAUUUGUGGACGUUGGACGCCAUCUCCGGCGGCUGGAGAUCGAGACAAACUCGGCAGCGGAGCUGAUGAACAUGUUCGACACCAUCGAGGAGCUGAACCUGACUGUCGACAUUGCAGAGGGCGUAAACGAAUAUCGUAGGUUUCUGAAGGAUAUAAAUAAUGUUGCCAAGUGUGAGGUUUUGUCAGUAACAUUCACUGGGGAAGAGCAUGCCUUUAGGCCAACAAUGCUGCAUCUUCUCAAGAAAUGCACACGCAUAAGAAAGCUUGAGGUGUUUUUGGGUUCCAGUGAGGACGAGAGUCCUUGUCCAUCGCUUUGCCCUUGUCGCUUGCAAGAGAAUUUCAUAGUUAAUAGCAUCAAUUUAGGUUCACUUGAAGAGGUAGAGAUCCACUUCGACGAAACAUAUGAGCUACUAUACUUAAUCGAGCUGCUAUCCAAAAAAGCAUUGAUCCUUAAAAAGAUUAUCAUCAGUUACGAGUCAUCCUAUGACCCUCUACUUAUUAAGGAAGUGCGCGAGAUGGUCCGGAGCAUCUGUCAUCCAGAUAUCAAACUUGAAUUCACUUGAAGGCUUGAAGUACUAGAUAUAUCCACUUCUUCCUAGAUCAUAUAUAUGAACUACUAGGUACUAGGCUUAAUAAUGGAGCUGCUACCAAAAUGCAGUAAUCCUUAAAAAGAUUAUCAUCAGUUAAGAUCAUCCAGCAUAUCUCUAAUAAGCAAGAGAGUGCAAGAAGGUCCGCUGCAUGCGCCAGCCAAAAUAUCAAAGUCACAAUUUCAUUGUGCUUUCAUGCUGGAGGCGGUUGAGUACUCAAGUAGUUAUAAGAGGUUUGUGAAUUGGAGUGUGAUGGUUUUUUUUAAUUACUAGUUUAGUACCCAACUUUUUACUGUAUGUAUUUUAUUUUACUACUUCAGUUGAAUAAUUCUUUGGAGAGCAAUAGCAAGGAGAGCAUAUUGUGAAAUUUUAGGAACACUGAGUGUUUGUUGGUUUGAUGAAUUAUUAAUGAAAAGAUGGUGGACUAGGGGACUUCACCAAAUGAUCUUAGGAACUCA